UCUUGCAUGACAUACGGAUUAAAAGCAAGAGGACCUGCCGAUUCUACUGGUAUAACUCAACUAAACUGGAGCAGAAAACUAAGUGAAGGUAAAGGAAAAUCCCUUGGAGCAUCCAUACCAGUUGGAGAAUUAAUUUACUCCCAGCUCCAAAUUGAACAUUUGUAGAUUGUCAUUUGGAUAUCUGCUUUGGACUGACAAGAUAAACAGAGAUUUUGCAUCAUUCUCAUUUUUACCUGACCUCAUCCUUCUGGAAGUUUCAGUAAUAAUCAGGAAAUCAAGAUGACUAAAAGCACACUGGAAAAGAAGGAUUUGGAGAACAGUUCCGGUGAAGAAAUAUGUGUACAAUAACAAAGCAUGAUAUUAGAUGUUGUUGGCAAGUUUUAGAAAUCCAACAAAACAUUUAUUUAGCAAGGAUCCAAAAAACAAAUUCUAGCUUGAAUUGGCAUGCCAACAAAACUGAAUCAGCGAAAAUGCAAAAAUAACACGGAACUAUUCUGCUUAGUGGAAUGUUGAAGUCUGCAUGUAAACCAUAAUAUACCUCCAAUUAAAGUGCCUUGCAUGGAAAAAAAAUGGAUAGCAAUCCUGCUAAUUCAUUGUUUGACAACUUAUCCAACCUUUUCAACCCCAUAGAGAAAACUGAAGACACACCAGUUCUUUCAUCUUUUCGUUCCCUGUCUGAGAAAGACGAUGAACCUCAGAACAUCAGCAUCCAAAAACCUCACACUAUUAGGUUUGAUAACGAAGUCCCUGUUGAAAAAGAUCUCAAAGCAAUGGAUGGUUCUAGUCAAAUUGAUAGCGGGACAACAUCUGAGACAGAAGACUUAAUAGAGACGGAGGUUGUCUUAGCAAAAACAAUCCAGCCUAGAGACAAAUGCAACAACCAUAACAAUCUGGGUCAGAGAUCGUCUCUGGAGCAAAUACAGGAUAAUAAUGUUGAUACUUAUGUUGAUACUAACAUUGACCGAGAUGAAGUAAAAAUUCAAGAAACAUCAACUCAUACUGGAAGGGAAUUAUUGGAUAUGGACCUACAAGUUUGUAUGGAUCGUGAAUGCAAUUCAUGGAAAGAUUCAUCCUUGACAUGCCAGGGUGACCAAAGGCUGGCAGAUGCUCAAGCUGACAAGCUGUCCAAAGCAUUUAGCCAGGAAUAUAAUGAUGCUAGUCUGAGUAACACAGCACCCACAGAGAGCCACAGAAGUGGGGAUCUCUCAGACUGUAUCAGCAAACAGACUGCAGAGGGAUUACCAGACAAAGUUAUGAGAGAUGCCAACACAACUAAUAUCACCAAAGAAGAGAUAUUAUCGACUGCACAGUAUGAGAGGAAUUGUCAAGAGUGGCCAACUGAGAUUAAAGGUAUGCAAACCAAAACUCUGGAACCAUCACAUAUGGACAAAAAUAAGGAACUAUACACAGGGAGUGCAUUUCAAACAAGUUCUCCAGAUAUCAACAAUCCAAUCUGUACUGUAGCAGAGUCAGAUCAUGCAGAUGAGGCCAUGUCUACUUUUGAAAGUAACCUGGUUAUACCUAAUGGAGACUUUGGUACAAAAGCAAAGUGCACAGACUCAGAUACAAGCAACAAUAUGAUCCAACUUAAAGAGGAACUCUGGAGCUCCUUAAUUCCGGACACAUGUAAUGGAUGUCAUUUGGAAUCAGACAGGCAAGCCUGUUCAGAAAAUGGAGAUUCAGUCCUCAAAGUCAAGUCUGAUGGAGUGUUAAAAGUAAAAUUAGAACCAACAACUCCAGACAGCCUCAUUGAAACACAAAAAGGGAGAGAAACAAAAGAUGUACAAGAAUUGAGUAAGCUAGAAAUGAAGAAGCUUAGUGGACAAGAUGGAGGCAUGAUGAUGAAAGACGAGAGUGAGAACCUGGUACAAAUAGAGGGAGAAAACAAAGAAAGAGUGAUGAAGGAAGAGACAAAGGAUAUAUUACAAGAAGACAGCAAUUCAGAAUCCUUAGGUAUUCCCUCUGCUCCUGGAAACCUAGAAGAGCAACCAAACACUGAAAACGCUUCAAGGUCCACCAGAAGAGAUACCUUCUCUCCAAGCCUAAAGUUGGAGAAACCUCCUCAGCUACCCUCCAUCUUUAGUGGACUGAAAGGGUUGAAAAAAGAAGUGCAUGACCAGCAGAAAAAAGUAUUAACCCUUGAACAACCUAAGCAUCCUGUCCAGAUGAAACAGGCUUCUGUUAAACGGGCACUUUUCUCAGAUAAACAUUCCAAAAGUGAGGGUAAAGGAAGCAUCCUUGAGCAGCUCUCUCAACUCCUGAGCUUUGAUGCUGGUAAAGUAGGAGCAAAAAAACCACAGGAACCCCCAGCAAGUCCUCCAUUUUCACCUAGCAGUGAGACCACAGUAGCAGAAAUGCCUUCCAUAGAGGAAAGUGUGGAGGAUCCUGAUGUUGCUUCAUCAGAGGAAAGUGGCAAAGUACAGAGACAACCCUCAGAGACAGCCCUCAAUGCUUUCAAGGCUUUCUUUACCCCUAAACCAGCUAAGAGGGACACCUCAGACCAUAUCGACCUGGAUGCUGUAAAGAGGGCGUUCAACCCGGAGACAAUUCGAGCUAUCUUUGACAGAAAUUCUGGCAAGUCUCCAGACAACAAGAACAUCUUUGAUAAAAAAGCUCCUGAGAGUGAGGAGAGGACUCCGGGGCGUCUGCAGGCUGUCUGGCCCCCUCCACAGCCCAAAGACAAGGAGGAGAAAAUUGGGCUAAAAUACACAGAAGCUGAACAUCAAGCAGAUCUUCUACAACUAAAAAGAGAGUGCAAAGAAGAGCUGGAGGCAGUAGAGGCUGACUAUAAGCUCCAGAUCUAUCACCUAAGAGAGAAGAAUGAAGAAUGUGUGUCCAGAUUGCAAGCUGAAAUUGUGGAUCUGAAAAAAGCCACCAAGCGCUCACAUGGUGAACUCAGAGAUGUGGCUGUGUCCACAGAAGACAAUUUCACACCUCGCAUUUUUCGCACUGUGUGCAUUCAGACAGACAGAGAGACUUUUAUUAAACCUGUGGAGGAGCCAGAGUUAAGCAAAGACCUUUUCCUUCAACCAAAUGUGCCUAAAAAACUUGAUCUUGCAUCAGUUAGCCUCUUGGGCAAACAGGAGGCUGCUCCACCUCCGUUACUGUCAUUGACGACGCCACCACCACCACCCCCACCACCACCACCACCACCACUGUAUGUUCAGUCAGGAUUCGAUAGUGUAACAACUUCAAAACCUUCAGCAUCACUGCCUGAUCCUUCUGUGUGUUAUUCAAAAUCUGCUCAGUCAGACAAGUGCCCGCCAUUCACACAAGGCAAUGGUCCACCCCCUCCACCACCACCUCCACCAACAAUCAGAGCUGGUCUCUCUCCUCCACCACCCCUACCAGGCCCUGUGCCCUCUCUUUCCAUUGGAGGUGGACUUUUCCUCUCUAGACAUGAGGAGAGGCCACAACGAAAGCCAAGAGUGGAACCCAUCUGCCCAAUGAAGCCACUCUACUGGACACGGAUACAGCUUCAAGAUAGCAGAAAUGAUACAUUGUGGAGCUUGCUGAAGGAGCCGGCCAUAAUAAAUACUAAUGAGUUUGCUGAGUUGUUUGCUAAAAUGGCUUCACCCGCCAAAAGGAAACCCCUAUCUGAGGCAUAUGACAAGAAAGCCAAUGCCAAGAAGAUCAUUAAGAUGUUGGACAGCAAGCGUUCUCAAGCUGUGGGCAUCUUAAUCUCAAGUCUCCACCUGGAGAUGAAGGACAUACAGCAGGCUAUUUUGAUGAUGGACAACUCUGUGGUUGAUCUGGAUGCUAUUGAAGCCCUGUAUGAAAAUAGAGCUCAGCCUGAAGAGUUGGCGAGAAUAAGAAAAUACUAUGAAACCUCAGAUGAAGAGCAUAUCAGACUGCUGGACAAGCCUGAACAGUUCCUGUAUGAGCUCUCUCUGAUUCCCCAAUUCUCUCUGAGAGCACACUGUAUCAUUCUCCAGUCAACGUUCACUGAUGCUGUUGCAUCUAUAAAACGCAAAACAAACAUCGUUCUCCAAGUGUGUAAGGGUCUACUGGAGAGAGAAAGUGUGAGAGAGGUGCUGGGGCUGGUCCUUGCCUUUGGGAACUACAUGAACGGUGGGAGCAGAAACCGUGGCCAGGCAGAUGGCUUUGGUCUUGAGAUUCUCCCCAAGCUCAAAGACGUAAAGAGCAGGGAUAACUGCAUAAGUUUGGUGGAUUACGUAGUGUCUUACUAUCUACGCAAUCUUGAUAAGAAUGCUGGGACUGAAAACUGUGUGUUUCCAUUGCCUGAGCCUCAGGAUAUCUUCCUUGCUUCCCAAGUUAAGUUUGAAGACCUUUCCAAAGAGCUCCGGAAGCUGGGCAAAGACCUUGAAGGUUGUGAGAAGGAUGUCCAAAGAGUGUGGUUAACGUCAUCUCAAGAACACAUCCAUCCCUUCAAGGAGAAAAUGGAAGCUUUUAUCUCCAGUGCCCAAAAAGAACAAAUAACAGCCAAGCACCAUCUCAUAUCCGCCCAAAAAAGCUUCCAUGACCUGGUGCAGUACUUUGGAAUGAAGCCCCGUUCUGGCGAGCAGGAUAUCCUACCAUGCCAUGUUUUUAUGCUCUGGUUUGAGUUCUGCAAUGACUUUAAGACCAGAUGGAAGAGGGAGAACAAGGCCAUUUCCAAUGAGAGACUGAAAGAAGCCCAGCGGUCAGUGGAAAACAUCACAGCAGACAAAAAAGUGGAGACCAGGCAGGUCCAUGCUAAUGGCCUGAAGGAAAGACUGCGUCUGAAAGAAGCAAGCGUUUCCAGCACCUGAGACAAAACAGACCCUCUACACUGACAGUAUACUUUGUACGAUUUAUAAACUCAUGCCUGUUUUUUUUUUUUUUAACCUUUAUUUUCAUGUUGAAUCUGCAUGUAACUUUGGCUUUUUUUUCUGCGCAAGAAUCAGAUCCUGAAAAGCUGCAGCAAUGCACGGUUUUGUGCUCGGACACAUCUGAUUGAAUGUGAUGAUUAACAUAAGAUUUGAAUCAGUUCACCUCAAUUCAGUUUUAGUUUUGUGCUGUUACAAAGCAGCUUUAUAGAAAUUUAGAUUUAGAUCCCUCAUAAGCUAGCAGGAGAUGACUGCGUCAAGGAAAAGCUCCCUGAGACAAGUUAUGAGAGGAACCCAACGCAAAAUGGAUCCAGUCCUCUUCUGGGUGACUCCGGAUAUUGGAAUUAUAAAUCAUUACACCCGUAUACUAUAAAGUCAAAUAGUACUAAGUGUGAUGAAAGGAGGUUCAGUAUGAGCUUAUGGUUACAGUAGCAUUUCUGUAACCAAGACUGGGAACCACGUCAAGUGGAUUUAUUUUUAUUAAAUAUGGAUAGAUUGUCCAAUAGCUUCCAUAUAUUUAAAGAAAAACACCAGUUUAUAAACCUCAGGACACUCUCGCCAGGAACUUUCUCCAGUCUCACUUGAUCAAAUUCCCCACAACACACCCACAAAUUGCUACAGCUAACAAAAGAUAUCUUUAUUUUGCAUGUUGAGUAUACUGUAUUCUUUUGAAAUAUGUGUAUUGACGGAUAAAACACAGAAAUAUAAUAAUCACAGCAUAAAAAUUCAUAGUCCAUGAUACUGUACAUAAACAUUUGAAAGUGGAUAAUUUUCUUUUCAUUUAAAGAUGCUGUUUGGAAAGGAUGAAUCAGAUUUUAGUAGCAACGAGAGCUUGAGUUUAGAAAUUCAAAUACAAAACUGAAGGCAAUAAAUAUGCAUAUUAAUUAAAAAUUAAAAUACAUUUCGAUUUUCCGGCAUUCAGAAUAAUUAAAAUACAUUAUAUACACAAA